CCAGCUCCCAUCAGACCCUCCGGACCUUCCAGCGGUGAUCCUCCACCAUGGACCUGGACCCGACCGUCGUCCUGCCCGCCAUCCUCUUCACCGUCGUGGCAAUUUACUUCGCCUCGUCGCUGCUCAGCAAGAAGCCCGACGCCUCCUCGUCCUCUGCCGGGAAACAGAAGCCCAAAGUCGGCUACGGAGAUGACAUCCCUCCGUCCAGAGCUCUGGCGCCGCAGCCCGCAGCCUCCCCGAGCCCCGAGCCUCCUGCCCCGGCUGUAGAGGACAUCGGAGCCGCGGACAAGAUCCAGGACGUCCCGGCGCCGAAAGUUGAGGCUGCCCCAGAACCAGUACCAGAACCAGAACCUGUUCCUGAACCAGUCAAAGUACCAGAGACUCCAGCAGAAGCACCUGCAGCACCAGAACCAGAACCUGUCCCUGAACUAAUUAAAGUACCAGAGACUGCAGCAGAAGCACCUGCAGCACCAGAACCAGAACCUGUCCCUGAACCAGUUAAAGUACCAGAGCCUCCAGCAGAAGCACCUGCAGCACCAGAACCCAUCAUAGUAGCAGAACCUGUUCCAGAACCAGUCAAAGUACCAGAAGUAGCUGCAGUACUAGAACCUACUCCAGAACCAGUCCCAGAACCAGUAUCAGUGCCUGAACCUGUUCCAGAACCAGUAUCAGAGCCCAAAACUGUCCCAGAGCCUGAACCUGUACUAGAGCAGGUAUCAGAACCAGCUGCGGUCCCAGAACCAGUCUCUGUCCCUGAACCUGCCCCAGAACCUGUUGCCGUGGCCGAACCAGAGCCUGUUGUCGAGUCUGAACCAGUGUCUGAACCUGAAAAAGUGGUGGAGUCCACUGAACCUGUUGUAGAGGUGCCAACUGAGCCGGAAGCACAACCUGAACCAGAGAACACUGUGAACAACGAUGUGGCUGAAGCUGACGAUCAGGUGAAGUUCAUCCCUGGGAAGAAACAGAGCAAGUUUGAGACGAUGAUGACGAAGGAGGAGAUCGAGGAAGAGCAGAGGAUAGAACUUACAUCUGAUUUAACUUCUCUGUAAUCAGGAUGUGCUGAUCUGUGAGGAAGACGAGGAUCUGCGAAGACGCAUAUGAAUGAAGACGAAGCUUUGAGCUGCUUGUGAAUAAAUUAAAUGUGUUUUCACCAAAGUGCCUUCAGGAAACGUUUGUUUGUUCUUUAGUUUCCUGUCAGAUACAGAAACUGAGUGAAAGUGAAACUGAAACUGCUUCUUUCUGCCAAGUUUUGCUUUGAAAUAAACGUGUGUUGUUGAUUCUUUCUGUUCCAGACUUCAGUUUUUGUAAAUUCUGGAUUAUUAAAGAGACGUUUGUCACAUCA